UGACGUCAUAAGACCUUUAAUCCAAUGAUACUUCCCUUCCCCAACAACGUCUAGGAAUGGGUAUCUCCCGGGAUCACUGGCACAAGCGUCGCAAGACAGGCGGCAAAAGGAAGCCCUACCACAAGAAAAGAAAGUAUGAGCUUGGCCGUCCACCCGCAAACACAAAGAUUGGCCCCCGUCGUAUCCACACGGUGCGUGUCCGUGGUGGCAAUAAGAAGUACCGAGCUUUGAGGCUAGAUGCGGGUAACUUCUCUUGGGGCUCUGAAUGCUGCACUCGUAAAACCAGGAUCAUUGAUGUGGUCUAUAACGCAUCCAAUAACGAGCUGGUGCGGACCAAAACCCUGGUGAAGAACUGCAUCAUUCUGGUGGACAGCACCCCCUUCAGACAGUGGUAUGAGGGCCACUACGCCGUCCCUCUGGGCCGCAAGAAGGCAGCAAAGCUGACACCUGAGGAGGAAGAGGUGCUGAACAGGAAGAGGUCCAAGAAGGUCCAGAAGAAGAUCGAGGGCCGCAGGAAGAAGGGCAAGAUCAGCAGUCUGCUGGAGGAGCAGUUUAUGCAGGGCAAGCUGCUCGCAUGCAUUGCCUCAAAACCUGGGCAGUGUGGCAGAGCUGAUGGCUACAUCCUGGAAGGUAAGGAGCUGGAGUUCUACCUGAGGAAGAUCAAGGCAAAGAGAGGCAAAUAGACUGACACCAGAGGCUCUAAAUAACCAAAUAUCUGUGAUUUAUAGACAUUUUUCGUUUAAAUGUUCACCAUUUUGUUCUGUAGACCAUGGUGAAAACACAGUUUUAUUUCUUCAAAAUAUUAGUUAUAUUUCAACUAAAUAUCCAUGCCUCUGAAGGCAGGUUUUAAACCCUUUUGUUGAUUGACGUUGGCUGAGUUUUGUUGUUCUCUCAUGGUAGCAUUCGCUGUAUAACCUGACCAGUUAUGGCUUCAAAAAUAAAACAGUACGCAGUUGGUUACUAUUACAUCUGUUGGAUAUUUCCCUGCAUUCUUUAGUUCAGAAUAUCUCCACUAGAGGUCACUGUGUGACCAAGUGUGCUCACUUUCUCAGCCAUGGCUUACACAGGAACAUGGUGCUUGAAAAAUGAACACCCACACACAUACACCGUUCAGAAGUAGCCCUUCACUGUAUAUUACCAUCAUAAUAAUUCAGUUACUGACUGACUUUGGGCUUCAGUUUCUGUUGAGCAUUUUAAAAAACAACAACAAAAAAGAAUAUAUUCAACAUAUCAAUAAAGCAGAAUUGAACUUGG